CCCUCACCUUCGACUCCCCACUCCAAAACACCUAAACAAUGGGAACCCUAACCGGCCACCUCCUCGCCGGCUCCGCCUUCUCCAUUCUCGGCCUGUGGCACCUCUUCAAUACCGCUGCCUCCUAUCGUCUCUCCGGUCACUCUUCCUUCUCCUCCCGCAUCUGGUUCCCUUCUCCCUUCAUCAAACACCUCGAACUCCUCCUACUUCUCCUGCUCUCCCUCGUCUCCACCACUCUCCUCCUCUUCCUCUCUCCCUCUUCCGCCCCAUCCGACCUCGAACACGCUACCAUGUUCCUUCACCUCUUCAUCUACUCCUCCGCCGCCCUUGCCGCCGACCUCCUUCCCUCCCCUUCCUCCUCCUCUAUUGCCGGCCUCCUUGCUGCAUCAGCUUUCGCUCAAGAGCUUCUUCUCCUACAUUUCCACUCCAUCGAUCAUGCCGGUCUAGAGGGACACUACCAUGGUCUCAUGCAAAUUGUUGUGGCCGCGUGUUUAGUGUCGACGGCGGCGACGGUGGGAUUUCCGACUAGUUAUGUGGCGGCGGCAGUGAGGUCGGCGGCGGUGGUGAUGCAGGGGAUGUGGUUU